GAGCUUAUGUUAGGCUUAGUGCUAUUUUUAAUGCUGAAUAUUGUCUUAUCAACAUGAAAUUUGAUUAUUAGGCAUCUAGAUAGAUGGGGACACAUGUGUGUUCUAUUCAAAAUGGCUUUCAUUGACCCCAUGAAUAUUAAUUAGAGGGUUUUUGGCAGGGUGUUGGAUUCUAAUGGACAUUUUAACGUAACUGAAGUUAUCGAACAUACUAUUUUUAGAAAAAAAAAUCCCAACUUAUUAAAAAAUAAUGAAUCUUUAAUUUAAAAGAUACGGAUCAAAUUGUGAAUUACAACUUUCAAUUUUUUUUUAUUUUUUUUUUAGACUUGUCACUACUACUCACGUAGGCCUAUAUAUUGGUUAUUGGAUUGGUACUAUGCCUUCAAAGAAAAAUAAAGGCAUCAGGAUUCUGCAUGAUAUUGAAGUAUUGAAUGCUGCCAUUGUAGAUAUUAAAUUUAAUAACAUGUCACUGAGAAAAGCAUCUAAAUUUCACAACAUACCUCUGACCACUCUUCAUGACAAAAUAAAAGGAAAACAGCCUUUAGUUCCCAAACGAUCACUUUUAACCAUAGGUGAAGAGAAACGAUUAACGCGAUGGCUAAUCGAAAUGGCACAACGAGGCUUUGGAAAAACUCGUGAUGAGGUUAGGGAGACUGCAAGGGCCAUCAUUGCUGUACGAAAUAAGACUAUAGAAAGUCAAGAUCUGGAUAAGAUACCUUUGCCAAGUACACAAUGGUUAAAUGGAUUUUUCUCCCGACAUCCCCAAAUUUCUUCAAGAACACCCAUGCCCCUCUCAAAAGAAAGAGCUGUAGUCACACCAAAAGCUAUAGAAAAAUGGUUUAUGGAUUUCCAACAAACCAUUGAAUCAAUAGACCCAACAAUAUUUACAAGCCCUAGUCGCAUCUUCAAUGCAGACGAAACUGGCUUUGGUUUUGAUGUCAAAAGCAGGCAGGUUAUAGCAUGUAAAGGCAGCAAAAACGUAUACAACAUAACAGCUAACACUAAAAAACAGGUCACCGUAUUGGCAUGCUGUAGUGCGGCAGGUGAGUACAUGCCACCAUUACUGAUUUAUCCCUACAAACGGGUGCCCAAACACAACCUACUUGAUGCAUUUCCAGAAGCAUUAAUUCAGCUGGAUAAAGAUAAAGGCUGGAUGACAGCAGCUGUUUUUUUUACAUGGUUGAGAGACGUUUUCAUCCCCUCUACAAAUCACCUCACUAAGCCCAUCUUGCUUCUCGUUGAUGGGCAUGCAAGUCAUACAUCCCUUUUAGAAACCUCUACUAUAUGCCAUGACAACAAUAUCAUCUUAUACUGCCUUCUUCCUCAUGCCAGCCAUAUCAUUUAACCCCUGGAUCAGGCAUUUUUCAGCUCACAGGGUUAG